GAGGGGUGGUACUGCGUCGCUGAGGCCGCUUUUCAGCUCACCUUGGCACUCUCCAGCCUGGAAAAUCAUCCCUGGGUGUUGACCUUGCCUUCCCUCCCCUCACCCAGUGCUCCCCCGUCCCUCAGGAUCACAGGCUGAGCCAUGGGGAAGAGCUGCAAGGUGGUGGUGUGCGGCCAGGCGUCUGUGGGCAAGACUUCCAUCCUGGAGCAGCUUCUGUAUGGGAACCACGUGGUAGGCUCUGAGAUGAUCGAGACGCAGGAAGACAUCUACGUGGGCUCCAUCGAGACAGACCGAGGGGUGCGGGAGCAGGUGCGUUUCUACGACACGCGGGGGCUCCGGGAUGGGGCCGAGCUGCCCCGGCACUGCUUCUCCUGCACGGAUGGCUACGUCCUGGUCUACAGCACUGAUAGCCGGGAGUCCUUCCAGCGGGUGGAGCUGCUCAAGAAGGAGAUUGACAAGUCCAAGGACAAGAAGGAGGUCACCAUCGUGGUCCUCGGCAACAAGUGUGACCUGCAGGAGCAGCGGCGUGUGGACCCGGACGUAGCACAGCACUGGGCCAGGUCGGAGAAGGUGAAGCUGUGGGAGGUGUCAGUGGCCGACCGCCGCUCGCUCCUCGAGCCCUUCAUCUACUUGGCCAGCAAGAUGACCCAGCCCCAGAGCAAGUCCGCCUUCCCCCUCAGCCGCAAGAACAAGGGCAGCGGCUCGUUGGAUGGCUGAAGAGCCAAGUCUUCACCCUCCUCACCCCAGUGGUCCCAGGCAUGUUGGCGGCUGGGGAGGACAUGGGCAGGCAAGCUGUGCUCCUGCCCAUCAGCAGAGGGCGCUCUCCCCUGAGCCAGGCAGCCCCUGCCAGUACUGGCCACUGGGACUCUCCCUCUUAGCUCCAGGAAACGCCCCUGCCCCUCUGCUCCCAGCCGGCCACUUCCCCUCCCAGCUGUUACCCGUGUGAGCAAUUGUGGGGCUAUGUCCCUCCCAUUUGUUUUCUCUGGGCAGGAAGCAAAGCUGCCUUGAAGAGGGGCCCGGUUGAGGGUCUGGUCCCUGUUACAGGGGUCCAGCUCCUGGGCUACCUGCCUGUAAUAUACACUUGGGGCACGCCAGUGUGUGCCUCAAAGGAUGGCCUAUCCAGGUAUUGUGAGUGUAGCUGUGCAUGUGUGUGCUUGUGUGUGCAUGUUGGACUUAGAGGUGCCUCCACACACUUGACCCUGGCCCUUCUUGGGCUGGAAGAAGCUGAGAGCAUCUUCCUGCAUGGACUUUACUCCCAGCUGCCCCAGCAGUUCACUUCCUCUUCCUGCUUGGUUGGGGUGGAGUGGAGUGAGCACAGGGCAGAGACCCAGCCAGGCCCUCCCCGUCUCUGGGCUUCCAUUGCUUCAACAUUAAGGUGACAGGAGUAGCUCUCAGUUUCCUAGACCCUUUCCUCUCGGAUUUUCUUAAUGCCAUGGCCUGCGGCCUCCUGGGCCUGCUCCUCUUGCUGCUUCCUCUCAAGGUGCUACGCCCAGGAGCCCUGGAGGCUGGGACGCGGCCCUGGCGCUGACCACCAGGGGGGCA